UGGUAUGAAGUAUGCAGUGAAUGUUUGAGGACCUACAUUAGUAAACUAAUCACAGUUAAGAAUUGACAAAACUCCGCUUUAAAGCAAAGAGGAUGACUGAAGAGAUGUACCAAGUGUUUGUGGUAGGCAUGGGAGCAGAAGUGGCAACCAUCAAUGUAAGCACCACUCAAGAAGCCUUUUUAUCGACAACUAUCAAGAAAUUUAGAACCCUUCUCAACGAAAAGUGGCCAGAAUGUGGAAACGACCCUGACGAUGUAAGACUUUUAUUUGCAGGCAAGCAACUCGAAGACAAGCUAAGGAGCGGGGGAGAAGCCACUCUGGAGGAUUACAAUCUCCAAAGAAACUCAACCAUUCAUCUUGUGUUUCGUCUCCACGGGGGUAGCCAACCUCCUAGCUUCACACAGCGAGUACCACCACCACCUCCAGUUGAGAAACAACACCAGUCUGAUGACUUUUCCUUGAAAUUCACUAAAGAUAUCCCGGAUGCAAUCACAGGGAUGAGUGACCCUGAUGAUCAACCAAGGGUAAUGAUGACUUGUGGACAUGCUGUUGAUCCAAACACCCUCACAGCCUGGUGCCGCAGUCUGUUGGACAAGCAAGAGUGGGAAUUUUUCUGUCCAGCAAUGAUCGACGCCACGAACAAGCAGUGUAAAAAGAUUUGGGAGUAUUCGGAAGUUCGAAAGGUGGCACUUUUUAACGAAGCAGAGCAAAAAUUUUUUGAGAGCAAGAUGUCUGAGUAUGCAGCUCAGAUGUACUGCGAUAUGAAAGAGUGCCCCGGUUGUCGUUCAUUUGUGGAGCGUAGGGAUCUCAAAAACCUACGUGUUCAAUGUCGCAUUUGCACAAAGAAGAAAGGGAAAGAAUAUGAUUUUUGCUGGCACUGUGAAAAAGAGUGGUCUGGACCAGUUACAUCGGCUGUCAAGUGCGGUAGUUCUGAUUGCGCUCACCCAUCUAUCCCAAGUAUUCGUGAUGCCAAGGUCAUUCGUAUCAAUGAGAAAGAAGUGCCUUGUCGCCGUGCCUGUCCCACUUGUGGAGUGGUGGUUGAACAUAAGGGAACAGGUUGUAAGUUCAUUAUAUGCCCACGGUGCAAAAAGGAAUUCUGCUUUCUCUGCCUCAAUACCAAGGUUGCUUGCUUGUCUGCAGCCCCUGCAUCUUGGUAUGGCGCCUGCAGAAAACCUGUAGCUCCAAAACAGACAAGCAUUCCAGUUUGGUCACGAAAAUAACUUUACUAUCUUUGCGGGGAAAAAAACUGGAAAAACAUAACCAUUAGCUUAGCGUUUAGGUUUAGUUUAUUUCCUGCAUGUAUAGAUAACUGUCAUUUCCUGUUCUACAUGUACAUGUAUAUACCAGGUACAGUUUAUGUUAGUUGCUGCAUAGUUUCUAUUUGCUAGUCGUUCUGUGUCACUACAUGAUAUACUGUAUAGCGGGUAAUUUUCGUUGGUGCAAAUGUUCGUAUGAAACUGCCCAAAUAAGUGUUUUAAAUAUU